AUGCAUUCCCUCACCAUUAAUCUCACCCUCGCUCUUUUCUCCCUCCUCACUCCCACAAUCCACGCGCAAAACUUCACCACUUUCCACGAUUACCUCUCCACCUACAUCCCGAACUGCAUCCUCGAUUGCACAAUCUCGGCCGCAGAGCGCGACACGGAGUGCGGUUCAGGAUCCGUGUCGAGCACCGACGCCGACGACAUCGACUGCCUGUGCGAUGCGUUCUGGCAUACAAACGGCCGCUUCGUGAGACACUUUUCAGAGUCCAUGGCGCGGUGUGUAACGGAUGCGAGGUGCUCGCUUGAUGAGCUGGAGGAUGUUGCGAGGGUUGAUCCGUGGACGCUUUUUGAUGGCGUGGAUGGGUUGUGUGGGGGUCGGCAUGGGCAUGAUCAUGAUCACGAUGAUGAUAGCAACAAUAGCAAUGAUGAUGAGACGAGCAACAGUAACAGCAACAACAGCAACAGCAGCAGCAAUAGCGAUGAUACACAGGACUCGAGCAGUGAUACUGCGAACGAUACCAGUGACAGCAGCACCAGUAGUAGCAGCAACAGUGGGGAUGAUGACAAUGGUGCAGCUUCUAUCGCCUCUCGUUCCAUCACUGCCCUGGCCGCUGGCGCUCUGGUGGUGCUUGCUGCCUUCUGA